GUCCCUCCUCCUCAGUCUUCCCUGCAGCGUCAAACAUGUAACGAUGGGUUUUUCUAGCAAUUUGCAGGGGAAGAGCGCCCAUGAGGCCCUCCUCUCGCGCCAGGAGGCCGAAUUGCGUCUCCUCGACUCGAUGAAACGGUGUAUUUUAUCAAAAGUGCGGUGCGAUCGCGAGUACGCAGUGGCGUUGGGCUCGGUGGCCACCCAGGGCUUGAAGUUGGACCGAGGAGAUGACCUCCAAGGGAGUUUAGUCGCCGCCACGUGGAGGACCAUGAUGGAGGAGUUGGAAAACACGGGAAAGUUGAUCAAACAGAAUGCUGAAACGAUUGAGACAAAGGUGAUGGAGGCGUUGAAUGGCAUCUACGCCGAGAAGAGGAAGAUGAAGAAGGCCUAUCAGGAGGAACAUGCGAGGAUUUUAUUGCAGUUUACGCAUUUAUCAGACGAAGUCAACCGUAAAAAAUCCGAAUACCAGAAGUACCUCGAACUGUACAAACUGAUGCGUUCACGAUUCGAGGAACACUACGUCAAAUCCGGCCGAGGCGGUAGAAAAUUAGACGACGUAAGAGACAAAUAUCAGAAAGCUUGCAGAAAAUUACAUUUGACACACAACGAAUACGUUUUACUUUUGUGCGAAGCGGUGGAAUUCGAGAAGGAUUUCCGGACUGUCUUACUUCCCGGACUUUUGGAACACCAACAAUCCCUUCAGGAAGCCUUCAUUGGGGCUUGGAAACAAAUUUUGCAAGACAUUGUAACGGCGUCCGACUGUACUUCGGAGAAGUUUCGAGAAAUACAAAAAAGGAUCGAAACGAGUCUUGAAACGGUCAAGCCGACCGAAGAAUACAAAGAUUUCACCGAGAAACACAAGACUACGCCAACUGAGCCGGUGAAAUUCACGUUUGACGAGAGUUUGGUCGAAGACAGCGCUGGAAAAUUACUCCCCAACCAAUUAACCGUCGAUAAUUUAACAGUUGAAUGGUUGAGAAAUAAAUUAUCUGAAUUAGAAAGCAGUAUUAAAGAAAAUCAAGAAAAACGUAGCAAUUUAACCGAAAACGGUAAACCCCCUGAAAAUACCCCCACCACCAGGUUGGCAAUUGCUGAAACAUCAAAAAAAGAACUAAACGAACUCAAAUGUCAAGAACGUAAAAUGUUAAAACAAACGGAAUUGAUCAAGAGUGCUUUGAAUGAAUUAGGAUGUGAGGAAGUUCCUUCCGGUUGUGACUUAUCAAUCGAUAAUCAGACUUUUAUCACUAAUUCCAGCGAACAGGUUGGCACUCCUGAUACGAAACGAUCUUUCACGCAAUUUGUCGGUAUGUUUCGUAAGCCGUUUCGGCGAAAAUCGGCGCCGGCAUCGCCGGUUGCGCCCCCACGUACAAAGGGGAGGAGGGAUUCCGCCCCAAGGAGCGAAGGGGGCGAUCCUGUUUCUAUGACGACGAAUAAGUCAUUAGUGGAUGAAGAGUGGUUCCAUGGGGUGUUACCAAGGGAGGAAGUUGUGAGGUUAUUGACCCAAGAUGGCGACUUUUUGGUUCGGGAAACUACCCGAAAUGAUGAAUGUCAAACUGUGCUUUCGGUUUGUUGGGGUGGACAUAAGCAUUUUAUUGUGCAAACAACAGCGGAAGGUCAUUACCGCUUCGAGGGCCCCGCUUUCCCCAGCAUCCGCGACCUAAUCCUCUACCAAUACACCAGCGGUCUUCCCGUAACCGGCCGUUCGGGGGCCCUCCUCUACAAGCCCAUUCCUCGCGAACGCUGGGAACUCAACAACGACGACGUCGUCCUCUUGGACAAAAUCGGUCGUGGCAAUUUCGGCGACGUCUAUCGCGCCCAACUCAAAAACAGCAACGACGUCGUCGCCGUCAAAACCUGUCGUGUCACCCUCCCCGAAGACCACAAGAAGAAAUUCCUCCAAGAGGGCCGAAUCCUCAAACAAUACGACCAUCCAAACAUUGUCAAACUCAUUGGGAUUUGUGUACAAAAACAACCAAUCAUGAUUGUCAUGGAAUUGGUACCCGGGGGUUCCCUCUUGACUUUCCUCCGAAAAAAAACAGCCCUCACUGAUGCACAAUUAAUGAAAAUGUGUCUAGAUGCAGCAGCUGGAAUGAGGUAUCUAGAAUCAAAGAAUUGCAUUCAUCGGGAUUUAGCCGCGAGGAAUUGCCUAGUCGGCUACAACAAUGUUGUUAAAAUCUCCGAUUUUGGAAUGUCACGAGAGGAGGAGGAAUAUAUAGUUUCAGAUGGUAUGAAACAAAUCCCGAUUAAAUGGACGGCUCCUGAAGCACUCAAUUUCGGCAAAUACACCUCACUUUGCGACGUCUGGAGUUACGGAAUCCUCUGUUGGGAGAUUUUCUCACACGGGGGAACCCCUUAUAGCGGUAUGAGUAACUCCAAAGCCCGGGAAAAAAUCGAUUCGGGCUAUCGAAUGCCGGCCCCUGACAACACCCCCGACGAAAUGUAUCGCCUUAUGCUCAGAUGUUGGGAAUAUAAACCCGAAAAUCGACCCAAUUUUGAACAGAUUUACACCGUCGUUGAGACACUUUGUGCCGCCUAUAGAGUGUCAUUCCUGUGAUCAGAAAUUGCCAAUAUCAAGUGUGCUAUAAUUACUGUGAUUGUGACGUUGAUUAAAACAUUUUAUAACUUGUAUUUUAUUGUAAAAAGUUUGACUGACUUUUUUUGAAUAAACGUUUUAUUUAAAAAA